GGAAAAAUUGCAACAGCUGAGCACAGCUGGGGAAGGCGGAGGUCAGGCUGGAGCAAAAGCGAGUCGCUGUGCAGGGGAAUGGGCGACGUUUGAUUGCGGAGAAGGUUCUCUACAAACCAGGAGAGACAUCAGUGUGCCAUGGAGGACUGUGACAGCCUCAUAGAGUUUGAUGUACCUGAGUUCAGCAACACUGUCCUGAACCAGCUCAAUGAGCUCCGUCUCCAAGGCAAGCUAUGCGACAUCAUUGUGCACAUUCAGGGCCAGCCAUUCCGGGCCCACAAGGCUGUUUUGGCCGCCAGUUCACCAUACUUCCGUGAUCAUUCAGCACUAGGCACAAUGAGUGGCCUCUCCAUCUCUGUUAUUAAAAGCCCUGAGGUGUUUGAGCAGCUGCUGGCCUUCUGUUACACUGGCCGCAUGGCAUUGCGCCUGCGUGAUGUCAUCAGCUUCCUCACGGCUGCUAGCUUCCUCCAAAUGCAGGCUGUGAUCGACAAAUGCACACAGAUUCUUGAGGGUAUUCACUCCAAGAUCAACCUCCCUGUGCCUAGUGGAACAGGUCCAGAAGAUGAUUGCGCCACGUCAAGAGCUGGACUCAAUGGUGUGAAAGAUGGAGGUAUUUUUGUAAACCCCACCCAGAUUUCACCACCCUACUAUUCACGUCAGAAUAAUUGCACUGAAGUGCGGAGUUCAGGUAAGGGGUUUGCACAGCUUGCAGAGGAGGGACAGUCAGACAGAGCGAGCAGUGACGGCAUAUCGGAGCAGGAGGCGUCCAUGGAGGUUGAGUUAGAACAGGUGGAGUUAAUUGGGAGGGAUGGGCAGGUUACUGAUGUCCAUAUCAAGCUUGAGAAAACAGACCGGCCUAGUUACUCUGACAGCUCAUCGGCAGGAGAUGAUGGCUACCACACUGAGCUAGUGGAUGGCGAACAGGUGCUAGCUGUUAGUGUGGGAUCGUACGGGCCUGUGCUUUCCUCUGCCGCUUACACCUACUCUGCAUUGCCUUCCCCCUGUUUUGUCAGCCUGAGUUCUUCUAGUCCAUCUCGCUCCUUGAUCAGCAGCUUCCGUGGUGGGUGUGCCCGUACUAAACGUCCUGUGCCUUUACCAGCUGAUCUGCUAACUCAGCUCAAGCCUGGUGCGGAAGAAGGAGAUGGACCUUCAGCAGCUACUGGCUUUGAGAAUGACGUAAGGGAGCGAAGUCUUCGCGGGCAGUGGUACCCCUACAAUGAGCGCCUCAUCUGCAUCUACUGUGGCAAGUCUUUCAAUCAAAAGGGCAGCCUGGACCGCCAUAUGCGUCUGCACAUGGGCAUCACGCCAUUCGUCUGCAAGUUCUGUGGCAAGAAGUACACUCGCAAAGACCAGCUAGAGUACCAUAUCCGCGGCCACACGGACAACAAACCCUUCCACUGCCAGAUCUGUGGCAAAUGUUUUCCCUUCCAAGGCACACUCAACCAGCACUUGCGCAAGAAGCACAUGAUCUCUGGCACAGAACUUAACAAUCACACGGACUUGCUGGGAGAGGCACCCGAUGGCCAGAGGGGGGAGCACGAGGACACCUCUGAGGGCGACGCAGCCAAUGGAGCAGCAUACACUGAUGAUAUUUCGACAAAAAAUGCCAGUAAAGAGAGUGGCAAGUUUAGUCCAGAGGAAGUGCCUGCAUCCAAGAGUUGUUAUUGAGAAUUAUUAUUUUAAUGUUUUCAUAUUUUUGGGUUGUUUGUCAUCCUUAUAUAAUAAGGAAGUUUAAAGGGUUGCUCUUUUCCUUGAUCAGCCUGGCUGUUUUUAAAGAAUUAUAUGAAAUAAUGAACCUGCCUUGCGCAUUUUCUACUAAUCCUUUUUUGUGGAAGUUCUA